AAACACAAUUGGGAAAACAAAGAAGAAGAGCGCACAAUAACAAACAAUGAGCGAUACGAACGCAGCUGAGCCGACUGUGCCGUUGGCCGAAUUCGUAGUGCCACCGAAUUCAGAUCUGGAAGAGCCCAUAGUGCCGCUUGCCCAGCCGCCCAAAAUGAACGAAACGCCCGCUGCCACGCCUGCAGCAACGCCAACGGCAGCAGCAACACCAACAGCAGCAGCAGCAGCAGCAUCAACAACAGCAACACCGACUGCUGGCAAUGACGCCGCAGCUGUGGCAAAGCCAAGCAGCAGCAGUGAGGACAGCAUCUUCUCCAUCAUCUACGCGGUGGGCAAGAAGGUGGCCAUUGUGGGCUCCAUAUAUCUGGUUGGGUAUAUGGGCUGGUCUGUGGCCUGGCUUAUUGCGCCCGUUAUAUUGUCGGUGGCGCGGGAUCAGAUGGCCAAGACGUCGGCGAAGAGGCGUGACAUAGCCAAGGCAUCAGCUCUCGCCUGCGAAAAGGAUGUGAUUCUCGCACGCAUCGACGAGCUGCCCGCCUGGGUCUACUUUCCGGAUGUGGAGCGUGCCGAGUGGUUGAAUAAGAUUCUGAAGCAGGUCUGGCCCAAUGCCAAUCACUUUGCGCGCACCUUGGUCAAGGAGACGAUUGAGCCAAAUGUCGCCUUGGCCCUGUCGCAGUACAAGAUGAAUGGCUUCCGCUUCGACCGGAUUAUAUUGGGCACGAUUCCGCCACGUAUCGGCGGCGUCAAGAUCUACGACAAGAACGUGGACCGCAAUGAGAUCAUCAUGGAUCUGGAUUUGUUCUAUGCCAGCGACUGCGACAUCAACUUCUAUCUGGGCGGCAUGAAGGGCGGCAUUAAGGACUUCCAGAUUCACGGCUGGGUGCGCGUUGUGAUGAAGCCGCUGAUACGCUCCAUGCCGCUGGUGGGCGGCCUGCAGAUCUUCUUCCUCAACAACCCGAACAUUGACUUCAAUCUGGUGGGCGUGAUUGACUUCAUGGACAUGCCGGGACUCUCCGAUCUGCUGCGCCGCAUCAUUGUGGAGCAAAUCGGCAAUGUGAUGGUGCUGCCCAACAAGCUGCCAAUCUCCCUCAGCGACGAGGUCUCCGCGGUGUCGCUCAAAAUGCCCGAGCCUGAGGGCCUGUUGCGCAUUCACGUCGUCGAGGCCAAGAAUCUGAUGAAGAAGGACAUCAGUGUGCUGGGCAAGGGUAAAUCGGAUCCGUAUGCCAUCGUCAAUGUGGGCGCCCAGGAGUUCAGGACGCAGAUCAUUGAUAAUAAUGUGAAUCCCAAGUGGGAUUACUGGUGUGAGGCGGGUAUUUUUACCAGCAUCAAUCACUUCGUUGGUUUUUCUUUGUGGGACUAUGACCAAAGUAUGCCCGGCGUACAGGCUGAUGAUAUAUUGGGCAGAGCCACAAUCGAUGUAUCCAGCGUGAUCAAGAAGGGAGUUCUAGAUACUUGGCUUGCUCUGGAGGAUGCCAAGCAUGGCGAUCUGCAUGUCCGUUUGCAAUGGUAUAAGUUGACUGCCGAUCCGAAUGAUCUACAGCAGAUCUUACUGGAGACUCAACUGUUGCGUGUGACGACCAUGAGCUCGGCUGUGCUCAGCGUAUUCAUUGAUUCCGCUCGCCAUCUGAAGCAAGCACGUGCCAACUCCAAGCCGGAUCCCUAUUUGGUGUGCAGUGUCAACAAGCAGAAGAAGCAGACUGCUAUGAUCCUGCGCGAUGACUCGCCCGUCUGGGAGCAGGGCUUCACCUUCCUGGUAACCAAUCCGAAUAACGAGAGCCUCAACAUCAAGAUCUAUGACCAGAAGACGGGCAACGAUAUUGGCCAAUUCACCUACACGCUCAGCACUCUGCUGAAGCAGUUCAACAUGGAGGUCAUUCAGCAGCCCUUCCAGCUGCAAAAGUCUGGACCCGAAUCCAAAUUAUAUAUGUCACUAUCUCUGCGCAUUUUGAAGGCAGGUGAAAUCGACGAUGAGUCGGAAGCAUUGGAGCAGAUCGCAGCUAUGCAGCGUAGCACAUCUGUCAAGACGCCCGAUGCACCGGCACUAACUAGUCAAGUAUCCAAGGAUGAGCAGGCCAAGGCUAAACGCCUCUCCGCCGAGACUCCGAUUAGUGAGGAGGAGCCCAUCAAGAGUACAACAAUAAUCCCAGCGUCCGCAUCGCUGGAGAAAGCAAUUAGCGAAGUGGCCAGCUCGACGCUGACCCAUCGCAUGCCCGACACGAUUUCCACGGCCGGAGAGCAUGGUCUGGGCCGCAUACAGCUGUCCAUCACGUACUCGGCGCAGCGGCAAAAGCUAGACGUGACCAUACACAAGAUCAUGAAUAUACCGUUGCGGGAUCCGAGCAGCAUACCCGAUCCGUAUGUGAAGCUGUAUUUGCUGCCUGGUCGCAGCAAGGAGUCCAAGCGCAAGACCUCCGUCAUCAAGGACAAUUGUAAUCCCGUCUACGAUGCCUCCUUUGAGUACCUCAUUUCGAUUGCCGAACUGCGGCACACCGAGCUCGAGGUGACCGUCUGCACACAGAAGGGUUUCCUAUCGAGCGGCAGUCCCAUUAUUGGCAUGCUUAAGAUACCGUUGGAUGACAGCGAAAUAACUACGCCCGCUGGCCUGAAGUCCUGGUUCGAUUUGCAGCCCGAGCAGAAACAUGAGUGAAUGAGCUGGAGAAGGAAAUAUAAUCUCCUCGAGAGCCGCAGCCAGCACAAUCAACUGAAAUCGUUCGACACUAUUUUUUUUGUAUUUCUUAUGUGUAUAAAAGGAAAAUGUAUUUAUAAUUCUCAUAAGCAAAACUGUUUGGUCUUUCAGCAGUUGAACCAAAACUCUCUUAGUCGUGCCUCUGAAUCUCUAUUUUCUAUUGUAGUUUAAAUAAAGCAAAUUAUUUGUGUUGACAAUUGUAA